AUGAUCUAUAGUUUUGAUAAAAAUGAGAAAGAAUAUGAGGAAUUAUUGAGAGAAGAAAAAGGAUUGGAUUGCUAUUUAGCUGAAUUUCGCAUUAAACGAGGAAUACAUACACGAUUAUGGAGAGAUGAUAACAAGUGUGGAUUUAAUAAUGUUCAGUCAAAGCCGGAAGGAAAUGCGUGGGCAGCUCCAGCUGGAAGUUGGUGCGAUGCAAAAAGUGAAAACCCUGUUGCAGCGACACAUAUGAUGGUCAAUGUGGGAACAUUUGUGACUGCUCCAGGAAAAGUUGGUUCAGUUAUUCUACUCGGUCAGGGUGGACACGACGGCUGUAAAUCUAAAGUUACGAUUAACAAUUUUUUGAGUGCAGCAAUCGAUUAUUUGGAGGACUAUUACAAGAAUUCUGACAAAAUGAAUACUCAGUUCGGAAAUUUUGAAAAGAUAUAUAAAAGAAAGGUCUGUCAACGAAUUGACAUUUGUUUAGGUAGGUCAUCAAAAAAGUAUACAAUGUCACAGCGAUUGGUUUCCAGCGAUCGCUUUAUUUUGGGGAUUGUAGUUAUUUGUCUAUCCUCGUACUUCAUUUAUCUAUCUUAUAGUCCUCCUGGUAUUUCGAAACUUGUAUUGCAUGAAGAUCACACAGAGAAUCAAACAAUGAAAUUAAAAUACAAUCAUCUGUUUUGUGAAAACAUCUUGUACAAUUUGAGCAAUGGUCAGUGGGUGAAAAAGAUCUAUAGUCUUAAUAAAAAUGAGCAAGAAUAUGAGAAAUUACUGGAUGCAGAAAAAAAAUUGGAUUCCUAUUUAGCUGAAUUUCGCAUUAAACGAGGAAUACAUACACGAUUGUGGAGAGAUGAUAACAAGUGUGGAUUUAAUAAUGUUCAGUCAAAGCCGGAAGGAAAUGCGUGGGCAGCUCCAGCUGGAAGUUGGUGCGAUGCAAAAAGUGAAAAACCCUGUUGCAGCGACAUAUAUGAUGGUCAAUGUGGGAACAAUUGUGACUGCCCCAGUUGCGUCGAUACCAGAAAAAUAUAUCACGCUGAAACAAGUGAUUGGAUUCCAUUUGAUUCUUCAUGUCGACGAAGGAACUACACAGCAGCCCAAGCUUGUGAAGUUGUCAAUCGAUUCUCUCAAAUAUAUUUUGUUGGUGAUUCUUUUGUGAGAAAAAUGUCACGAGGUUUUAUUUUGACCCUAAGGUCCGAUCCAACGUAUGGAUUUUUACUGGAACGCUACGAUGAUAAGUUCAAAGAAUUAUGUGUAGGUGUUGAUCAAUUCUACUGGACAGAAUGCAGAACAAGUGGCGGAAAAAUACUAGACAUGCUCGUUGACAAAACUCCGUUCUGUGGACCUCGUACGCCACUUAUUAGUAUAAAUGAAUAUGCAAAUCACGCUUCUGCAAAUGACUUUUUAAGUUUGGUGAAAAAGUUGGCAGGAAAAGUUGGUUCAGUUAUUUUACUUGGUCAGGGUGGACACGACGGCUGUAAAUCUAAAGUGACGAUUAACAAUUUUCUGAGUGCAGCAAUCAAUUAUUUGGAAGACUAUUACAAGAAUUCUGACAAAAUUAAUACUCAGUUCGAAAAAUUUGAAAAGUCUUACAUCUGGAGUUCACAGUUAUGAUGGAGCACAUCAUGGUCUAGGAGCAAAUAUUAUGAAAGUACAACUUUUACUCAAUUACCUCGAUUAUAUUUCACAGUUAAACAAUUGAACUACUUUUCUUGUAAAAUAUUAAUUUGUAUGAUCAUAAUAUUUGAUUAUAGACUUUGCUUGCUGCCUUUUCUGAGAGGAUACUCUAUGUUUUGGGUCUAGGUUUUGACUCUUUAUCAAUACGUUUAUGCAAUGUACUAAGUGGUUCAAAAGAUGCGCCAAUUUGGUAGGAUGUACUGAAGUGAACCACCUUAUUAUAAUGUCUGUUUACUCAUUUGUACAUAUUUUGUAGAAAAUUGUGUUUCAAUUAGAUUUUCUGAAAAACGAUUUUAAUAUUGUUGUCAGUGAUAUCAUAAUAUUUUUAAUAUAUUCAUUCCAACUUGCUUUGCGUAACUGGUGAAUGAAACUUAACAUCAUGGUCCACAUUAAUCAGCUGUUAAACUAUUUCGUUGGUGUGAAGUAUAAACAUGUAUAGAAUCUCAUUCAUGUGCCUUUGAUUUUUUCAGGAAAUUUAGAAAUAUCUUUUCUGUGUACACACGUACACAUACAUACAGAUGUAUAAAUAUAUACAUAUAGACAAUAACAGACUCAAAAAAUCUUAUCAACGCUCCUAAAAAAUUUGGUAAAACUUGUAAUAUGAUGAAUAAGAUUCGUUUUUAUAUCAUUAUGUUACCGAACAUGUUGCUGUAUCUGUAGUAACGCGUUCAUACUGAUGCUGUUGUUUUCCUGCCUGUGUGUCUCAUUUUCCUGUCACCGGAUACGCACCAUGGCCUAUUUUCGAAUCACCCGUAGUCUAAUCACGCUUAUUUACAAGCAAUUGUACAUAUUAUAUGAGUUUAUUAUAUUAUGUUGUUUUAAUAAACGCGAAAGUAUGUCAUAUUUCUAUCUUUGCACUCACUUUCUUUGCAGGGCGUUUGUAAAUAUAAUGCAGACUAUUUUUGUUUUUGCAAAAUAUAAAAAUGACAAUGGCUCAAGUUAAACAAUAUAUAAAAUUCACGA